UUUUUUAUUUUGUAUCCCUUUUUUCUCCAUGCGAAAAGACACAAUUGCCACUGUGGCUAAUUUACAAUUUGACACCGCUGUUGGACUGACACUAAGUUGCAUCGACGAGCUCACUGUUCCCCAGUUCAACGCAUUUCCUCUGUUCUUCUUUACUCAUACCAGAGGAGGCCGACCACGGCACCUUGGCCCCCAUCUUGGCAGCAGCAGCCCGGCGCGGCAGCUCCCGCAGAUGGUCGGCCGGCGCCGGCGGCUCCCGGGGCUCCCGCUGCGGCUCCUCGGCCUGGGGCGGCGGCUCCGGCCGCAGCUCGGCGGACCGGCGAUUCCCGGGGCUCACGCCGCAGCUCGGCGGACCAGCGGGUUCCGUGGCUCCCGCUGCAGCUCCUCGGCCCGGGACGGCGGCUCCCGUUGCAGCUCGGCGGCCCGCCGCGGCGGCUCCCGCUCCAGCUCGGCGAACGGGCGGAUUCCAGGGCUCGAGCUGCAGCUCGGCAGAUGGUGCGCUCGUUGCUGUUGCAGGGUUACUACAAGUGUAGCAGCGUUAGGGGCUGCCUAGCGAGGAGAUGCCAAGAGGUUCAAACCCUGGAUCCGUGUGGCACUGUGUGUGUGUUUGGCGUGGGGUGGGAGGAAGGGGAGAUAAUAUACUGACCAAUCUGGAGCAGAUCGUGGUGAUCCAUGGACGCAACAGUCGCCUUCCUGUCCGGCAGUCUGUGGGAUCGUCUCAGUUGUCAUCUGUGUGAAGCCUCGCUGUGCAGGGGUCGUCGGAGUUGAUGGCUUGGGGGCCGGCGGUGGAUCCGCCUCUCCACUAGCCAUGAACACCACGACACAACAAAAUCAAUCUAUGAUUUGUUAGUAGUUGGUUCCGUUGGAUAAAGCCAUGUAAAGAAAGUAAUGUGAUUUGUUCCCUGUUAAUUAGUUGCUUCGGUUGGAUACAGGCUUGUAAAGAAAAAAGAUUUGUACAGUGUCAAAUUGUAAAUUAGCCACAGGGGCA